AUGGAGAGGCUAUCUUAUGCCCGAUUAUGUGUGGAAGUUUCUACAGAUAGGGAUCUUCCCUCUUCUGUUCCAGUCUAUGGAGAUGACGGUCUUGUUUUUUAUCAAAAAGUUGUUUAUGAUUGGAAGCCCCCUCUUUGUAAGCAUUGUAGAGUUUUUGGCCAUCUCUUAGAUAAUUGUUUGUUUGGCAAACAAGACUCAAAUAUGAAUAAGUCACGGUCUAAGAAGGAAUGGCGAGUGAAAGGUGUUGCCGGAAAUAAUGGAGGUGCCAUGGGUGGCGGCAAUGGAGACGGGCAGCAGGUUCAUAAUGAUGAAGUAGGAGAUGAACAGCCGGAUAGUGGAGCUGGUGCAAAUACAAAAGGAUUGGAUUCAGUUUCCUUAAUUUCUAUCAAGAAUAAAGGGAAUGGGAGUUUCAAAUCUGCAGGGAAUCAUCCGAAGAUCAGGGAGCUGUCUCAAUCUAAUCCUUUUGCCAUUUUGGAAGAUCUUACGGAGGAGGUGCAUUAUGAUCCUGAAGAUUUAAUGCUGGAUUCGGAAUCAUGUGCUAUUUUAUUAGGGAAUGAAUUACUUGAGGGAGCAGAUUUUGAGGAGGAUAUUCAACCCAAUCCGUUAGCAAUUAUUCCUAAGGAGAAAGAUGGAGUCAUUGGAGAGUUUUGUGGGGAGAAUCCAAUCUAUAAUGGUAACCAUGUUAGUGUGGAGCUGGCUAAGGCAAAAUCCGUGGAAGAUAUUAGAGAAGCAACAGAUUCUGCUGAGGUGGCGCCUAAUCAUUCAAUGAGACAAACUCCAAUUCAAAUUCAAAGGAAUGGUGCGGCCCAUAUGGAAGGAGAUAACUUAUUGGAGGAUUCUAUUCUAUCAAAUGAGAAGGAGUCAGCCCCUAUGAAAUCUCUCACUAAUUUUGAUAAACUUAGAAAGCAAUCUGCUGAGAUUCGUGCAGCUCAAGGGCAACUGGGGAAAGGUUGGGACCCGUAUUUUUAUGAUGUGGUUUUGGUGCAAAAAUCCAAACAGUUCAUACAUGCUAAGGUGUCAAUUGUGGGUACCUCGGUGUUUUUCUUUUGUACUGUUGUUUAUGCUCUUAAUUCUGUGGUGGCUAGGAAGGAAUUGUGGGAGGAUGUUGGGGCUAUUGCUAGUGCCAUUAUUAACCCUUGGGCUAUACUAGGGGAUUUUAAUGUGAUUCGAAGUAACAAUGAAAAAAUUGGAAGGGACCCUGUCCGGAUUGAAGCUAUGGAUGAUUUUAAUUCGUUUAUAGAUGGUGCUGGGCUUCUAGACUUGAAAUGGAAAGGGGAGGCUUUGACCUGGAAUAAUAGACAAGUGGGAGAUGCAAGAAUUUGUUGCAAGCUUGAUAGGGUUCUGGUCAAUUUAGCUUGGAUGGAUGUGUUUAGAUCCUCUGAUGCAAUCUUUUACCCUCCUGGGCUUUCUGAUCAUUCUCCAAUGGUGGUGGCUGUGGGGUGGGAGCAGCCUGUGAAUUUGGCUCUUAAUCCCAUUCUUAAGUUUGCGGCCAGAUUGAGGAAUGUCAAAAAAGGGUUGAGGAGCUGGAAUAAGGAGUGUGUGGGGGAUGUUUUUCUUGCAGUAAAGGAGGCUGAGGCUGAUUUGUUUCAGAUCCAGAGGCAGCUUAGUGAGCACCCUGAUGAACCGAAUUUGGUGCUGAUGGAGAAACAGGCUAAAAAGAAACUUUGGGAGGCUUUGGCUACUGAAGAGAAAUUUUUGAAAGAAAAUGGUUUCUUUCCUAGCUCUAUUCCUUUGCAACAUGGUUUGUCUCAAGCUCAUCAGGAAAGCCUUACUAGGAGAAUCUCUAAUAAGGAGAUUAUGGAGGUUGUGUUUGCUUUUAAGAAUUCUAAGGCUCCAGGACCAGAUGGUUUUGGAGCAGCCUUUUACAAGCAUUCAUGGGAGAUUGUGGGAGAAGAUUUGACUCUGGCUGUAAAGUGGGUCUUCAUGAAGUCUUACCUUCCUAGUUCGGUUAAUGCUACUUUUAUCUGCCUUAUCCCUAAGACAGGAGAUGUAACCUCAUUUGCGGGAUAUAGGCCUAUAGCCCUUUGCAAUCUCUUUUACAAAAUCAUUACCAAAGUGUUAUCCAAUAGGCUGCAAGGAGUGAUUGGGCAGGUGGUCAGUGACUAUCAGUCUGCUUUCAUCAAGGGCAGGAGCAGACUUGAUGGAUGGAAGGCUCGGCUCUUAUCUUUUGCAGGGAGGCUUCAGCUGUUGGUCUCAGUCCUUCAGGGGUGUUAUAUCUAUUGGUCAAGACUCUUUGGUUUGCCUGGUGCUCUCAAGACAAAGCUGGAGUCUAUGUUCUCGAAUUUUCUAUGGGCUGGCCCAUCUCUUCAUCGUAAG